CGUCAUACUUAUUUAUAGGGUCAAUUUACGGCACAGGAAGUAAAUAGAGUGAGAACGCAAAUUGGUUGGACGACCAAAGUUUGUCCCGGAGUCGAGUUCUCAAUCAGGUGAUCGUCAGUCUGGCACAUAGGUCUGGCAUAGAACUUCAUAACUUCAGGACAGAGAAUGGCAGAUAACAGUAAAACAGAAAAGUUCCAGUUACAUGUCCCUGUUCUUGAAGAAUUAUGCAAUGUAUUGCAGAAUGGACUUAGGAAGAAUUUCGCUGACGCGAAUGUUUCCGUUGUCGAGUGUCCAGAUCUCAGCAAUGACCCGUUUAGAUUUCCUGUGAAAGGUCUGUGCGGAAAACCUCGCAUAACGGAUGUGGGGGGAGUGCCUUAUUUAAUACCUUUGGUGAAAGUAGAAAAGGAGUACAACAUGAACACUGUGUCAAUGGAAUUGGAACUACCAGGAGCUUUCAUUCUUGGUGCAGGGGCUGUGUCCUCCAGAGUUGUUGGAAUGAAUGCAGAGAUGAUGCCUCUGGUACUGACUGAAGCUGAGGGAAGGCCUGCAGUGAACAGCAGCUACUUCUCAUCCAUCAACCCAGCCGAUGGAAAAUGCCUUCAGGAGAAAUACAGCGACAGAUUCCCAGGCUGUGACUUUGGACUGUUGGCCAACCUGUAUGCAUGUGAGGGAAAGCCUGGAAAGGUCAUAGAGGUGAGAGCCAAAAGGAGAACUGGAGAGGAGAGCCUUGUUGGAGCUCUGAGGAAGACCUUAGAAGCUCACUACCCUGAUAAGAGCCUGGCUCUAGGUGGAACCUUCAUCAUCCAGAAGGGAAAGGCCAAAAUCCACAUCAUGCCAAGAGAGUUCUCAGCCUGUCCUCUCAACACCGAUGAUGAAGUUAACAACUGGCUCAAACACUUUGAGGUCAGCGCUCCACUGAUCUGCCAGUCUGUUAUGGUUUCCAGAGAUCCUGGUUUGGACCUGCGUGUGGAACAUACGCACUGCUUCAGUCACCAUGGAGAGGGAGGGCACUACUACAUCGACACCACCCCUGAUACGGUGGAAUACCUUGGUUACUUCAUGCCUGCCGAGUUUGUCUAUCGCAUUGACCGACCCAAGGAAACUCACAUUAUUGGGCGGGACUAAAAAUGAUGAUCAAUCUUAAUUAAAUCAUGUAAUGAAGCAUUUUAUUUUGGUUUCUUGGUUUUCAAUAACAGAUGAUGGUUAUUUGUGAUCUAUAUUAGGUUGUAUGUUGUGAACAUAAAAAAGGAAUUUAUCUGCAUUUCCUUGGUUAUAAUUUUGUAAUACUCAUCAUAAACUGCAAUAAAUGUGCUAAAAAUG